AUGGAUGGUGUUCCAAUUGGUCGUAAAGUCGAUCUCAAUGCUUACAAUAGCUACGAACAGCUUUCUUUUGCCGUUGACAAACUCUUCAGAGGUCUACUCGCAGCUCAAAGAGAUGCUUCUGGUGGUGAAGGAGAAGAGAAACCGAUCAUUGGUUUAUUAGAUGAUAAAGGAGAAUUUACUUUAACUUAUGAAGACAGUGAAGGAGACAAGAUGCUUGUUGGUGAUGUUCCUUGGAAGUAA